UGCUUCAAAUACAGUGGGAGCCACACACAGGACAGGUUAAGGUACAUCAGUGAGCGGACCCGGAGACAGAUCUUGGACCCCCUGACUGCGGUUCAGAAAAUCGAGUCCGGUAGGGAGCCUACACAUGCAUGCUUCAAGCGAUCUUCCAUCAACAAAAGGAUAUGCCAUUACUGGCAAAAUAGUCCGCACUGACGAUUUGCAAGCGAAGGAGGUCCAAGGAAUCUCCUCAAUUGGACUCCGCCUGCAUUUGCCGGAGCGAUUUCUCAUUGAUCAACCUGCUUCAACGCUCGUGUGGGCGCAUGCAGACGACAGCGAGCGCCUGAAUAUUUGGACUGGGUGACAGCAGCUUUCAAGCCCUCCCAUCUUAGGUCACCUUACCAUCUGUGAAGACUAAGCCAUUGCUUGAAAAAGUUUUAAAGAAGUUCACCAUGAAGAGAACUGGAGUCAGUUUUUCGCUCUUCACUUAUCUCCUGCUUGCUAUGAGCCAUUGCCCCCUGGUGGGUUCCUUCUGCCCAGCGCAGUGCGUGUGUGAAACCCGUCCUUGGUACACGCCACAGUCUGUCUACCACCAGGCCAAGACAGUGGACUGUAAUGAGCUUCAUCUGAGCCAUGUCCCUUGGAAUAUUUCAGGAGACACUCAAGUGUUGCUCCUCCAAAGCAACAACAUUUCCUCUGUGUCACAGGAGCUCCAGAGGCUGGUCAAUCUCACCGAACUGGACCUCUCCCAGAACCAUUUCACCCGCAUCAAAGAUAUCGGCUUGAAUCCCCUGACACAGCUUGUCACGCUGUACCUCGAGGAGAACCAACUGAAAGAGAUUCCAGAUUAUAGUCUCAAGGAUUUGGUGAAUUUAGAGGAGCUGUAUGUUAAUCACAAUCAGAUAUCCUCCAUUGGCCCCAAAGCCUUUUCAGGCUUGGUAAACCUUCUGCGUCUUCACCUCAACUCCAAUAAGCUGGUGGCUAUCGACAGCCAAUGGUUUGAAUCUCUUCCCAGCCUGGAGAUCCUGAUGAUUGGAGAAAACCCAAUUCUGGGGUUGCAGGAUAUGAGCUUUCACCCACUGGUAAAACUGCAUAGCUUAGUGCUCGCUGGCAUGGGACUCAUGGAAGUGCCAGCGGGGGCAUUUCAAGGGUUGGAAUACCUCGAGAGUCUCUCCUUCUUUGAUAACAAGUUGACAGCAGUGCCCAAGGAGGCUUUGCGUGUUCUCCCGAAUCUCAAGUUCUUGGACCUCAACAAGAACCCCAUCACUCGAGUGCAGGAAGGAGACUUCCGUGAUUUCCCCCACUUGGAGGAGCUGAGCCUGAACAACAUGGAAGAGCUAAUUGCUGUGGAGAGGGGAGCAUUCGCAAACCUUCCGGAGAUGGCCAAACUAGAGCUGUACAACAACCCACAUUUGUCCUAUAUAGAUCGCAGUGCUUUCUUGGAUGUGAAUGGACUUCGCACUUUAAUGAUCCACAAUAAUGACAUUAGCCUGUUGCCACAUGAGAUUUUAGGCUCUUUCCCCAACCUGGAUGAAGUCAGCCUUCACAGUAACCCCCUCAGGUGUGACUGUCUGUCUAACUGGGGACCAGUUCUGGGCAACCAAUCCACACUCAAGCUGCUAGAAUCCCAAAUCACCCUAUGUGCCUACCCUCCUCAUCUGAUUGGGCGUUCCCUUCAGGAAGUGGUCACAACUAGUUGGAAUGUGGUUAGCAACACCUGCCUCCCUCAAAUCUCCCUCUAUACCUUCCCUCCCCAGCUCAAUGUGUCAGCUGGUCAACCUUUGACCUUAGAGUGCUGGGCUUUUGCUGACCCUGCGCCUCAGUUCUAUUGGGUGACCCCCACAGGGGACAAGGUGACCUCGGAGGUCAUAGCAUCGCAGAUGAUUAAUGACAGCAGCACCAAGAAGCACCGGCUCCAGGAUCAAGGUGCUCUGGAGAUCCUCCACAUUGAGCCAGAGGACGCUGGCCUCUACACGUGUGUCGCAUGGAAUGCAGAAGGAGCAGACACACGGAGUGUGUUAGUGUUCGUAGAGAGAAGUGAUGGUUACGGCGGCCAGCGCAGCUUUGUUGGUCCAGGCUUCAUAAACACCUCUGGGGCGCUGGUUGUGCUUGCCAAGAUCAUUCACUCUCAGUCAGUGGUGCUAGAGUGGAAACUGAAUGCUCCCGCAUCCCAUCCAGGCCAUGAGGUCCCCCAGCCUAAGUGGGUCAGCGCAACCAUGAAGAUCGACAACCAGCACAUCAGUUACUCCACCAAGGUCCCCGUCGAUGUCCAGGAGUAUAACCUGACUCACCUGCUGCCCUCGACUGAGUACAGAGUAUGUCUGACAAUGGCUGCCACAGAGCUGCAGACACAGCAUUCCUGCAUUAACGUCACCACAAAGGAUGCCAGUUUCGCCGUGGAGAUGGUUGCCCAGCCGACCAAUGUCGCCUUGGCAGCAGUCAUGGGGUCCAUGUUUGCCAUCUGCAUCAUGGCCCUAUUGGUCUUCUACAUGGGGCGACGCAUGAAGCAAAAAUCCUGCCACCACUCCCUAAAGAAGUACAUGCAGCACGCCACAUCCAUCCCACUGAAUGAGCUCUACCCCCCUCUUAUCAACCUGUGGGAAAACGAGACUGAGAAAGAGAAAGAGGGUUCAGUUGAUUCACAGAACUCACAGAUUGACACCUCAAAAACAUAUAUGUGGUAGGUCGGACUUGCAGGUUUAGUGGGAAAGACAGAAAGGACGUUCACAAGCGGCUUCUGUAUUGUAUUAAAAAAAAAACAUUUAUCUUAUUAAUAACAAAAAUGUCUUUGUGAACAAAAUAUAUAUGUAUUUUUAGACUGUACAUCUCUCUUUUUGCACACACACUUUGAGUUGAGCAGUUGCAUUUGCUUCCAGCUAUAAUAGAGAGAAUUAGCUGUGAAAUCCAUGGCCUAAAAUACACCCAUGCAGCACAGAGAUUUGUAUUUUUUGAGUGACAUUGUACCAUUCAGCAUGCAGAGCAUUUAUUACUUAAUAGCUAUCGCUAAUUAUAUUUAUUUGUAAUUUAAGCGUUUCUACAUAAACAGGUAUAACUGACGGCGAAAGGCAGGUCGUCACAUCUCACAGGGGUAAAGAUGAUUCCAAAUCACUGUAUAGGAUUCUUAGCAUGUUUUUGCAUGUUAUCCUUGUUCUCAUACAGUGAGUCCCACUUUCCUACCUUCUCUAACCUCUUAAAAAGGUGCAGCCACAAGGUGAUAUUUUGUACUUUACACUUUUUACACUACAAUUCGUUUAUGACUAAUCCUAUCAGCUGGAAAACAAUGAUCGAAGUGUAACAUUAACAUCUUCAAAACAACACUCACUUGUUCAACCUACAAAAAUAUCAGGGGAAAUUAACAUAUAAUAUGCAAAUUAAAUAUUUCUCAUUUGUUUCUCUAUGAUUUGGAUGAAGCGAUUUUUAUUUGCCAUUGUUCAUAACCAGUUGGCAAUAUUGAUAAAUCAACCAGCCGCAAUAUGAUUUCGACAUAAUUCUGAUAUUUUAUAUCUGAUUUUGAUCGUCAGCAUUACCUGAAAGUGGUAUUUUGUUUUUCGGCAAAUCUGUCAGAAACUUCACAUGCAGAUGAACUGAAGGACAUUCAUCUGGACUGCAUAUCCAAAAACAUAUUGCUUAAUGUUAUAUGAUAUUCAAAAUUGCUGUUGUCGUGUACUUUCUCAGAUGGACUGUUAACAACCAUGACACCUGCAGAAUAUAUUCAUUUUGGCUAUUUAUAUUAUUGGUCUCAGUUGGCUCUAAGGGCAUUGUAUCCAGGCAUUUAAAGCUUUAUUUAGUGUUGUACUUUGUAAAAAAAAAAACAAGAAAAACUGUCAUCACACAUCAAAUGAGAUGAAAUGAGAGACUUUAUUUAUUUAUUGCCUUGGUUAUUGAUCUUCUAAGUUCAAUACUUCAAUACUAACCCUAAACAAUUGCAUUUUCAUUACUAGUGAGUUGUAGUGCACUGACAUUGUCAUCUUAGCUUCCAUGCCUCUCAGGCAGAGGUGCCCUCUAGUGGUCAAAGAUCCUGAUGUCCAAGAUGAAGUCAUGAUUUGUUGUGACAGAGAAUAACAGGGUAUUUUAUAUUAGAGAAUCUAUUGUGAUAUUUUAUUCAAGUAAACAAGUAAUAAUCUACACUUGAAGACAUGUCGAUCUUUGUCAAAUAGUUGAGAAGUGAUGGUGUAUGCUGUACUUUUAGAACAAAUAAACAACCACUACAAUUG